AUGAGUAGGAAUUACAACGACGAGUUGCAGUAUCUGGACAAGAUCGACACAAACUGCUGGAGAAUUAAAAAGGGUUUUGUUCCCAACAUGAAGGUGGAAGGAAUCUUCUACGUCAACGACCCUCUGGAGAAGCUGAUGUUUGAGGAACUGCGGAACGCAUGUCGAGGAGGUAGCGUUCCUUCCCCUUCCUCAGGUGUGGGCGGCUUCCUUCCGGCCAUGAAACAGAUCGGGAACGUGGCGGCGCUGCCCGGUAUCGUUCACAGAUCCAUCGGCCUCCCGGACGUCCACUCGGGUUACGGAUUCGCCAUCGGGAACAUGGCGGCCUUCGACAUCGACGACCCGGAGGCGGUGGUCUCGCCAGGCGGCGUGGGCUUCGACAUCAACUGCGGCGUCCGCCUGCUGAGGACCAACCUGGACGAGCGGGACGUGGAGCCCGUCAAGGAGCAGCUGGCGCAGGCGCUCUUUGACCACAUCCCCGUGGGCGUGGGCUCCAAGGGCGUCAUCCCCAUGGGGGCCAAGGACCUCGAGGAGGCUCUGGAGAUGGGCGUGGACUGGUCGCUGCGGGAGGGCUACGCCUGGGCCGAGGACAAGGAGCACUGCGAGGAGUACGGACGCAUGCUGCAGGCCGACCCCGACAAAGUCUCGUCCAAGGCCAAGAAGAGGGGCCUGCCGCAGCUGGGCACGCUGGGGGCGGGAAACCACUACGCCGAGAUCCAAGUGGUGGACGAGAUCUACGACGAUUACGCCGCCAAGAAAAUGGGCGUGGACCACAAGGGCCAAGUCUGCGUCAUGAUCCACAGCGGCAGCCGAGGCCUCGGACACCAGGUGGCCACAGAUGCGCUGGUGGCCAUGGAGAAGGCCAUGAAGCGAGAUAAGAUCGUGGUCAACGACCGACAGCUGGCGUGCGCUCGCAUCACGUCGCAAGAGGGACAGGACUACCUGAAGGGAAUGGCCGCCGCCGGCAAUUACGCCUGGGUCAACCGAUCGUCCAUGACCUUCCUCAGCAGACAGGCUUUUUCCAAGGUGUUUGCCAGCACGCCGGACGACCUGGACAUGCACGUUAUCUACGAUGUGUCGCACAACAUCGCCAAAGUGGAGGAGCACAUGGUGGACGGGCGCCAGCGCACUCUGCUGGUGCACCGUAAAGGCUCCACCAGGGCCUUCCCUCCCCACCAUCCGCUCAUCCCCGUCGACUAUCAGCUGACUGGGCAGCCGGUUCUGAUCGGCGGCACCAUGGGGACGUGCAGCUACGUCCUGACAGGCACCGAGAGAGGCAUGACGCGCACCUUCGGAACCACCUGCCACGGAGCGGGUCGCGCGCUUUCCCGGGCCAAGUCGCGCCGCAAUCUGGACUUCAGAGACGUCCUGGACCAGCUGGCUGACAAAGGCAUCGCCAUCCGGGUGGCGUCCCCCAAACUGGUCAUGGAGGAGGCUCCCGAAUCUUACAAGAACGUGACGGACGUGGUGGACACCUGUCACGACGCCGGCAUCAGCAGCAAGGCCAUCAAGCUGCGACCCAUCGCCGUCAUCAAAGGCUAG